AAAAUAGUCCAAUUAGUAAAAGAUCUCCUGUUAGUUGCUAGACUUGCUACUGACGAUGAACAUAUACAAAAAGUUAAUUGGAAUUUGCAUUCCCGACAUAAACUACUCUGCUUCUUGUCAGGAAGUCGAUCUAGUUGUGUAACCCACAUAGAAGUGCAUGUUUUGGAAUUGCUCCAUUUGAACCAAACUGAAGAAGCCUAUAUACCUAUUGUUUUACUGGUGUUCUCGGGCUGAGAUCCUCAUAUGUCUUCUCCGGAGAGAAGCUUUGAUACUUAAUACCUCCAAAGCUCCAACCACCCAACUUUUAAGAGUCUUCAAUAGAUCCCACAAGAGUUUAAUUGAAACCUGAAUAGUAGUUAAAUAAACAUGAAGAUUAUGAGCCGGUUCUGAUUUCGGAGAGGGAAGAGUCUAGCCCUCAAUUCCACUUGUGCAUAAAUUUACAUAGAAACAGUAAAUAAAGUAUUUUUUUUUGUCAAAAAGAAAACAGUAAAUAAAGUAAAAUGAUACAACUUUUGGUGAUAAAUAUCACAUAAAUGUUUUAAAUAAAUUAUUUUUAGUAUACAUGAAAUUUUAGAGGUUAUAGAUCAUUUAGUAAAAGUUUUAAUUUCUUUUACAAAUUUGAACUAAAAUUCUUAAAUUUUUUUGAGGUUAUAAAUCAAUGUUUCACUUGGCUAGAUCUAAGACCAAGUCAUAUUUAGUUAUAAGGCAUAUUAAUAGUUUAAGUUCAUGUAACAACUUGGUAAUCUCAUUUUAAUAUUAAUAUAAAGGAAAUGACGUUGAAAUCUGUUAUUUACUUAAAAUAAAUAUUGAUAUCUUGUCAUUUGCUGUACAUUAACAUUAAACAAAAAUUAUAUAGAGAGAAAAUAACGAUGAGGUUAUUAUUUGUUUACAGAAACAGAAUUCAUUUAAAAAAGGAUCCAACUGUAAUUACGACAGACAAGCGGAUCCAGUUGAAGAGUUUUUGUCGGGGCUCCGACAGUCUUUAAAGUUUUACUAAAAAUAUCCCCAAAAAUAUUCAAAAGCAGUUUGCUUUUUUGAAAGUUCCAUGGCAGAUGAGAAGGAGAUCAUCGAUAUUUGUAGCUCCGAUGAGGAACACGAAGAAAACGAUAUAGAUGGCCAGACCAGUGAAGAAGACAAGGGAGAUGAAGAUGAUGAUGAAGAAGAAGAUGAUGAUGAUGAUGAUGAUGAAGAAGAAGAUGAUCGGAGCUUGAGUGGAGAUGAUAGCGAAUGGAGUGAAGAUGACUCCACGGAUUCAAAUUCAGACUUCGAUGAUGAGGAAGAUGAAGAUGACGAUGAAGAUGAUGAGGAAGAUGACGAAGACUCUCUUGUAGAUAAAGUCACUCGCCUGCUCAAGGGUUUAUCUAUUUAGGGUUUAUGAAUCUUGAUUGCUAUCAGUGCUCGUUGAACUUGUAUGGACUUAUUAUUAAAAAUUAUAAAUGUAACGAUUGAUUAAUGAGUUCGUUUCUUUAGAUUACUCAUAUAACUCUCAAGUCUUAGUUUUUUGUGAGUUUUGUAGCAUAAUCUUGAAUUUGAAGUAAUCAAAGCGUUUACGAUUAGAUUAGAUUAGAUUAGAUAAGCUGAACAAAACCAGUUUGUAUUGAAAGUAAUUUCUGAGCAUUGCAGCCAUUUAACUUUGCUCUAGCUAUGUUGUUCUUUUUUUUUUUAUGUUGUUCAUUGUCCUAAGAGAAAUUGUUUGCAUCUAUGCCUGCGGUCAGGGGUAGCCUUGGGUUGGACUUAUGACAAAAGUUAUUUGUUGUGUAAUUGUUUAGGUUGCUUUAAAAGUCCCUAAGGUGAGGCGAAAGUUCAUCCUUUAAUAAAUUCAUGUGCGUCUUUCUUUUCCAAAAUUUUGUUUGUUAACGGGCUUUAUUAUUUUUAUUUUUUUGCUUUAGGCUGAGAAAUUCAUUGGGCUCAGCUAAUAUAUGGUGGACUUCUUCUGCAGUUAUGUAAUUUCUUUCAUGUGAUCUUUACCGGCUUCUAAGGAUAAUAGUCGGUAGUUUUAUGUAAUAAAUAAUGUUCCUAAAAUGCUCUUAACUUAGUGCCAGUGAGGGAUGUCGAGAAUUUGUUUUGGUAGGAAAUUUUGUUCUCUUCACACCUUAGCUAGGCUUCAUCAGAGAGUUGACACUUCUUUAGUGUACUAUUUGUGUGGCCUCCUUCAGGCAAUACAAGAACCCAGUGGUAGCUCAAUUCAUGUGCAGUCA